CCGUGCCAUCUGGCAACUUCCACGAACCCACACCAAACCCCAGCUUCUAGCCUGUACGAUCACACCGCUCCCAAAAAUCCAACAAAAAUCCAACAAAAAUCACAACGGCAUGAACUACCUCAAGAACUCGCGCUCCUCCCUCUCCCGCCUCCUCCGCUACAAUCUCGCCGGCCGACCGCCGCCGCCGCCGCUCCCGGCGGGGCCGACCGCGCGGCACUACUACGCCUCCCCGCGGCUCCCGGGGCUCCUCCGCCCGUCCAGCCGAGGCCUCCUCCGCCACGACCCCACCGCCGCAUGCCGUCCACCGCCGUCUCCCCCUCCCCGGCACUACUUCACCUCCUCGCGCCGCCCGCAGGUCAUCCACUUCAGCCGCCGCCGCGGCGGCAGCGGCGGCGGCGGGGCGCGGUGGUACCACGACCGGCGCAAGCUCACCGCGGUGGUCCUCAUCUCCGGCGGCGCGGCGGUCGUCGUCUACUUCGGGAACCUCGAGACGGUGCCCUACACGAACCGCACCCACUUCAUCCUCGUCUCGCCCCGGCUCGAGCGGCAGCUGGGCGAGUCGCAGUUCGCGGAUCUCAAGAAGGAGCUGGCCGCCAAGAUCCUGCCCCCGCUGCACCCGGACAGCGUCCGCGUGCGCCUCAUCGCCUCCGAGAUCGUGCGCGCGCUCCACCGCGGCCUCGCCGACCGCCGCGCCGACGACUUCAGCGACGCCUCCUACGGCGACAUCUCCUCCGACCUCGCCAUCAGGAACCGCGACAUGGAUGCCGAGGACGUGAUGCAGCGCGCCUCGCCCGACAAGGACGCGGGCGCGGCCGCCGCCGCGCAGCGGAACGACGAGCUGCUCGAUGACCGGUGGGUCGCCGAGAGCCGGCGGCGGGGGAAGGCGCGGGGGGCGCAGCCGCAGACCAAGCAUCUCAACGAGCUCAACUGGGAGGUGAUCGUUGUCAGGGAUAACAUGGUCAACGCAAUGUGCUUGCCCGGCGGUAAAAUUGUUGUCUUCACUGGAUUGCUCGACCAUUUCAAGACUGAUGCUGAGAUCGCAACUGUGCUCUCCCAUGAGAUUGGGCACGCUAUCGCGAGGCACGUGCCAGAGAUGAUCACCAAGGGCAUGUGGUUUACUAUCUUGCAGAUUGUCAUCCUACAGUUUAUUUACAUGCCAGACUUGAUCAAUGCAAUGUCAAAUUUGCUUCUCAGGCUGCCCUUCUCGCGAAGGAUGGAGAUAGAGGCAGAUCACAUUGGACUCAUGCUACAAGCUUCUGCUGGUUUCGACCCACGCGUAGCUCCUACAGUCUACGAGAAGCUAGGAAAGAUCGCGGGAAAUCAAUCAGUGCUGAAAAACUACCUCUCCACUCAUCCUUCUAGCCAGAAACGGGCCGAGCUGUUGUCACGAGCCCAGGUAAUGGAGGAGGCGAUGCAGUUAUACAGAGAAGCUCGUGCUGGCCAUGGCACCGAAGGUUUCCUCUAAGGUUCUUGCUUUUUAGUAGCUGAUGCGGAGGGACGCUCUUGUUACCUGCACAGCUAUAUAGUAUGUAAGAAGAGCGUGCUCUGUGUCUGAAGAUGUAUGUUCUUUGCCUUGUUAUUACGGUCUGUUCUUGUCAGCCACGUUUGCCAAGCAGAUGGUAGCUGCUUAAUUUGUGAUUAGGAAAAAGGAAUAGAUGAUUGCUGUCAAUAAUUGGUGUCUCAGAGCAGCUUCUACAGCACAGGUUUCCUUGGUCUAUGGGGAUGUUCCUGAUGAUGUUGAUUACUACUUUUUUGUCAUCUAUUCAGCUUGUAGUCAGCUAGUCUUGGAAUAUUCAGAUCUCAACCACUAGUUUGUUUUCA